CGUUCUUCUCGGUCGCUAGCUGUAUCCUGCAUUGCUUGGAUCCGAUUCCAUUCGGUGCUGUUCCGGCAAUUCGGUGGUUGGAAACGGGACUCUUUGAAUUUCAAAAGCUUCUGAAUGCAUAUGCUUCUCAAUGAGGUUGUUUGGAUGCCAUGAAUCUACAUUUCUAUCGAACCAAAAGUCUCAAAUCGUGUUUGCUGGCGUAUUCAUUUCCCCCUGAAGAUCUUCCUCUUUUGCUUGUAUCUAAAAUAGUGGGGUAGAACUGUGAAGCAUCGUAUUCAAAUACAAAUUUCCAAAGCUUUUGCGAAGACCUCUGGAUUUGUCAUCUGAAGUUUAAAGGUUGCGGAUAUCAUUGCUUUCAAGUAGAGACGAUGGAUCCAUUAUCAGCACUUAGCGAGGGACUGGCGGAGAUCGACGGACAGAUCAGCGACAUUUUCCGCGCUUUAUCAAAUGGAUUUCAGAAAUUGGAGAAGAUUAAGGAUUCAAAUAGGCAGAGCAGGCAGCUGGAAGAGUUGACUGAUAAAAUGCGAGACUGCAAGCGGCUUAUAAAAGAGUUUGAUGCAGAAGUUAAGGCUCUGGAGGGCAGAAAUGAUAGGGAAACCAACAAAAUGCUGAAUGAGAAAAAGCAGUCCAUGAUCAAAGAGUUAAAUUCAUAUGUUGCUCUUAAAAAGCAAUAUGCCACAGAUAUUGAGAAUAAGCGAAUUCAGCUCUUCGAGGGGCCUAAUGAAGGCUAUGCAGAAGAAAAUGUCUUGCUAGCUUCCUCAAUGACAAAUGAACAGCUGAUUGAUAGGGGGAAUCGGAUGAUGGACGAGACAGAUCAAGCCAUUGAGAGGGGAAAGAAGGUUGUUGAAGAGACAAUAAAUGUCGGGGUUGAGACUAAUGCAGCUCUUAAGGCUCAGACGGAACAAAUGAGCAGAAUCGUCAAUGAGCUGGAUUCUAUCCAUUUCUCCAUAAAGAGAGCAACUAAAUUGGUGAAGGAAAUCGGUAGGCAGGUUGCUACUGACAAGUGUAUUAUGGCAUUACUGGUUCUUAUUGUGAUUGGAGUAAUAGCUAUCAUUAUUGUAAAGAUCGUGCACCCAAACAACAAGGACAUUCGGGAUAUUCCAGGAUUAGCACCCCCAGCCCAGACCCGGAAGUUACUUUGGGAUCAUAGUUGAGCUACGAUUUAGUG